AUGGCCUGGCACAGCUCAACAAUUCCCUACGACUUCUCUGAAGAUAGUCUCAAUCAAGACUUCGACCUCUUCCCGUCCACACAGCCAACUGAACAAGGUUCCAGCACAUUGCCAGUGCCCAUCGCAGCUUCCGCUGGAAGGAGACACUCGGGUGUUCGACAUGAAGCACAUAGUGUGCCGUCUACCACGAACGAAGAAGCAUGGCUGUCUUGGUGUUAUGCCAGUACCUCGCAAGACAUGCAUUCCCUACCGGCGAUCAAGGCUAGGAACAAGCCUUCGAUCAGCGAUAGUGGUUAUGGCUCCAUGUACUAUGCUGGCACGCACUGUACUGAGAACGAGGAAAACGCAUCAUCAGAACCCAUCAGACACAGCCAGAUCUCGGAGUACUGUGAAAUCUGCUACGAGGAGUCAGAGAAGCGUCGCUACUUCAGCAACAACGCGGACAGAAGGUCACACAUGCUCACACACACUCGUCCAUUCAAGUGUGAUGUAUCUGGAUGUGACAAUCAAAACGGGUUUGCGUCCCCGCAUGACCUAGCACGACACAAGAAGACAUGCCAUAGUGUGUUGACCGUGAAGACUUCCAAGUUCUACUAUCGAUGUGCUGCUCCUUCCUGCCAAAAGAAGGACAAGAUCUGGCCACGGAAGGACAACUUCAAGGCUCAUCUUGAAGGAACACACAGAUACGACGAGGCCCAAGUAGCCGAGCUGCUGAUCAAGUAUGUCAUCAAAUGGAGCGAAUCAUGUCAUCCUAGCGACUAA